AUGGUUGUCCAUGGAAUAGGAACAGCAUCCACCGUUGUAACCGAGAGGGAAGAAUCCGGGGAAAUACGAUUAGUAGGGUCUCCGCCUCCCGAAACUGUUGAAGAAGAACCUACAACCUCUACAAAGACUCGUAGAGGAGUGAAAUGGCAAGAGGGCACUGUGGAUAACGAGCAUCUCAACAGAAAGAAGUCAAAGAUCUGCUGUAUAUUUCACCCGCAGAGAUCGUUUGAUGACGAAGAUUGUUCAUGUCAUUCCGAAUCCGGAUCUGGAUCUGACUCGGACUCGGACUCUGACUCCAAUAUCGAAGGCAACCCCGGCUCCAACUCAAACGGUAAACCAAAAAGAAAACAAAAGAAAAAUUCGAAGGAGAGUACAGUGAGAUCUUCAAGCCCUAAUGCUUACGAGAAACAACCAAAAUAUCCCCACAAACACAGUGUACAUAAACAGUAA